GAGCUUACGAUGAUGAGGAGGCAGCUGCUAGAGCUUAUGACCUUGCUACCCUGAAAUAUUGGGGGCCUGAAACACUUAUCUGUUUUCAGGUGAGAGAAGUUGUAGUGGCAGAUGAAAUUGGUGGUAGUGCAGUGAAAAAGAAUGGUGGUCAAGGCGAUAUGGUGGUCGUUGGAUUCACGUCACACAGCUUGAUGUUGGAAUAA